UGGGCUCGGCCACAGGGGGCGCGCUAUCAUGAAGGACGCUGCUAAAACUUUCCACACAGUCGCUCAUGCUCGCUAGUUUCGCUGUAUGAAUGUGUGUGAGUGAAUGAGUGAAUGGGUGAAUGGAAACAGUGCCGUGUAACGUGAUCGACUUGUUUUUUCCGGAGUUCGAUCCUCCGCCUUCUCACUGGAUCACGGUGACAGCGGUUCAGACCAGGCUAAGCUAAAGCUAAGGCUAAAGGUCCAGGCAGGUCCCGGAUGUUCGGGUGUGUGGUCGCCGGGAGGCUCGUGCAGACAGACGUGGUGCAGGUCGCUUCGGAUAAGUUCUUGUUCAACCUGCCGGACUAUGAGAACGUGAAGCACGUGGUCGUGUUCAUGCUCGGUACUGUGCCGUUCCCCGCCGGUAUGGGCGGUGCCGUCUACUUCUCCUUCCCGGACCCGUGCGGCGGCGGCGGCGGCGGCGGGCCGGUGUGGCAGCUGCUCGGCUUCAUCACCAACGACAAACCCAGCGCCAUCUUCAAGAUCUCCGGGCUGAAGGCCGUGGAGGGCGGUCCCGGGCCGGCGCCUCUCUUCGGGACCUCCGGGUCCUCGGUGUCAUCCUCCGUGGCUCAGCUCGGCGUGUCGGUGGAGCCUCUGGAGCAGCUGGCCCAGCAGAUCCCGGUGUCCAGCUCCGCCGUGUCCACCGUGGACUCGUUCGUCCAGUUCACGCAGAAGAUGCUGGACAGUCUGUACAACUUCACCGCGUCGUUCGCGGUGACGCAGGCGCAGAUGACGCCGAACCAGAGCGAGACCUUCAUCCCGUCCAGCUGCGUCCUGCGCUGGUACGAGAACUUCCAGAGGAGGAUGAGCCAGAACCCGAACUUCUGGAAAACCUGAUAACCUCUGAGCAAAGACUGGACCACAGUGACCUUUGACCUGGGUCUGCUGACCCUUCAGCUUCCUCUGAGAGCAAUGAACACACGUGACAGGUUGUUAUUGAUCAUGUGAUCAGAACAUGAACGUCAUUAAAGGUUGACUUUUGAAAA